AUGUUUGGAGUCGUGUGUAUCAUCUUGGCUGCCGGACUUCCCAUCUACCUGACCAAUAUAUCUGGUACUCAUAUCGCCAGCGAAGCCGCUUUCAUCACAGCCAAAUCACUACUCGGUGUUGGUCGUGGCUUUACCCAAGUACCGCUCCAAGUGUCUCUCCAAGCUGUCCUCGAGCACGAACAAGUUGCCAUCGCAACAGCUGUCUACCUUUCUUCCCUCGGCUUUGGUUCCAAUCUCGGUGUUACAGUCAGCGGCGCAAUCUGGAACUCUCUACUACCAAGAAAGCUCAUUGCAUACUUUGGCGAAGAAGAAGGUCGCAAGAUUUUCGGAUCGAUUGUUGUUGCCCGUGGAUAUGAGGCUGGUAGUGCUGAUAGAGAUGCCAUUGAUACUUGCUACCGCCAGACACAGCAGACUCUCGCGAUUGGGUCUGUUUGUGUAUCUGGUUUGCUCCUAGUCAUGGUCUAUCUGGUCCACAAUGUCAAGCUUGGAGAUGAGGAUGAAAAGAGAGCUGCAAAGGCUGACGAAGAGCUUGCUUGGGCUAUCAAGCAAAAGGAGGCUGAGGGCGAAGGACCUGUUAAUAUCGAGGCUAGAAACCAGCGCUAG